GCUGCGCCCAGCGGAGCCGCGGCCCGCGGGAAGGCGCUCAGGAAUGGAGCGCGGCGCCGAGUUCAGCAGGUGGAAGGCGCAGUGUCUGGGCAAGGCGGACCUCAGCCGGAAGGGCAGUGUGGACGAAGACGCGGUGGAGGUGGUGCGGCUCCUGAACGCGCAGGAGCAGUUCUUCACGACGAGCUCGUGCGCCGGUCGCGUGGUGCUGCUGGACGGGGGCAUGAAUGGCUUUGAAGUUCAAAAAAAACAGUGUUGCUGGCUACUGGUUACACAUAAACCUUGUGUUAAGGAUGAUGUGAUUGUAGCCCUGAAGAAGGCCAACGGUGAUGCCAUUUUGAAAUUUGAACCAUUUGUUCUUCAUGUGCAGUGUCGACAGUUGCAGGAUGCACAGAUUCUGCAUUCAGUGGCAAUUGAUGCUGGCUUCAGGAAUUCUGGCAUAACAGUGGGAAAGAGAGGGAAGAUUAUGCUGGCUGUCCGCAGUACACAUGGCUUAGAAGUUCCAUUAAGCCGUAAGGGAAAACUGAUGGUGACUCAGGAAUAUGUUGACUUCCUAAUAAAUAUAGCAAAUCAAAAAAUGGAGGAAAACAAAAAAAGAAUUGAAAGGUUUUACCGCUGUCUACAACAUGCUUUGGAAAGGGAAACUGUGACUAACUCAAGGACCAAUGUCACAGAACCAUCAGAUACUGACAAGAAAAAGAAAAUGCCAGAAAAAUCACCCAGCAAACGUAUUACUAAAGAAAAUGACAAAGAACUUGAAAAUCCCGAUGAUGAUGAUCCAGGAAUCAGUGUCACUAUCUUUCCUGAAGAUUACUGAGAUUUAUUUUGAAGUAUCUUGGUAGAAGAAAUGUUUCUAAUGGCUUUUAUAAAGUUACUCUUUGUAAGA